GCCCCAAACAGAGCUUGAAACACCCUGUUUCACAAAAAUGAGAUUCAUCUUCUUCUACUUCUUUAGGUUUUUGCUUCUUCUGGUUCUGAUUGCAACAGUGGAAUCUACAUCAACAUGCAACAGUACAGACCAAGAUCAAGUCUCCAAGGCCUUCAAAUCAGUCCAAAGCUUCAAUCUUUCUUGGUUCCAGAACCAAACUCCCAACUGCUCAAACCCACCCAUCACAGAAAUUAAGCUCCAUUCCAGAAACCUCAGGGGCAUAGUCUCAUGGAAGUACCUCAGAAACAUGUCUCAUCUUCAAAGCCUCGAUCUCUCAAACAACUCUCUCAAAGGCUCCGUCCCAGGUUGGUUUUGGUCUCUCCCAACCUUAAUUGAAGUCGAUCUCUCCAAGAACAAGUUCGGCGGCAGCUUCAGUUUCGAAAACCCUUCAGUUUCCUCAGUUCAAAAGCUCAAUCUCUCCAGCAACAGGUUCACCAACACCGUUCUACUUUCCGGUUUUUCCAACCUUACAAUCCUCGACCUUUCUCACAACAACUUGGGGGCUCUCCCUUCUGGUUUUGCCAACCUCACUAAUCUCCAAUACCUCGCCAUUUCGAGCUGCAAAAUCUCCGGCACCUCAAAACCCAUCUCUGUUCUUGGCAGAUUGACAUACUUAGAUGUAUCAAACAACUCCAUGAACGGUUCUUUCCCCUCGGAUUUCCCCCUAAUUGCUCAUCUCAAAUUCUUGAACAUUUCGUUCAAUAAUUUCAGAGGAAUAGUUUCUUCAGAUAAGUACCAAAAAUUUGGGAAAGCAGCUUUCAUUCAUGCAGGGAAGGGUUUAAAUCUUACUUCUUUUAAUGCUUCCAAUUCCAAAUCCGCAACCUUUCACUCUCCACCACCACAUUUUAAAUCCAUUCCAAUUCAAAAACCUAAACCCCUUCCAAAACCCCUAACUCUACGAAGAACCGAAUCUUCAAAACCAAAAACAACUUUCAUUAUCAGUCUUUCUUGCGCCUCCACAUUUGUGCUGGCUUUCCUAGCCAUUUGCAUAGCUUGCAGAUACAGAAGAAAGCAACAUGCCAAGAAACACAAAUGGGCCAUCUCCAAACCGGUGCAGCUCGACCGGGUCCGGGUCGAGAAGUCCGGCCCGUUCGCCUUCGAAACAGAGUCCGGGACCUCCUGGGUCGCCGACAUCAAGGAGCCAACUUCCGCGCAGGUUGUCAUGUUCGAGAAGCCCCUCAUGAACUACCUCACCUUCAAAGAUCUCAUCGCCGCCACGUCACACUUCGGCAAAGACUCCCAGCUCGCCGAGGGCCGCUGCGGGCCCGUCUACACCGCCGUGCUCCCCGGCGACCUCCACGUGGCGAUCAAGGUAUUGGAGAACGCCAGAGACGUAAAACACGACGAGGCCGUGGACAUGCUCGAAACCUUGUCGAGGUUGAAACACCCGAACCUGUUACCUGUCUCCGGUUACUGCAUUGCAGGGAAAGAGAAGCUGGUGUUGUAUGAGUUCAUGGCGAACGGGGACUUGCAAAGGUGGCUGCACGAGCUGCCAGCCGGGGAGCCCAACGUCGAGGACUGGAGUGGAGACACGUGGGACCAGAGUGGGGCCUACUCGCCCGAGAAGAAGGGGUGGCUCACGCGCCACCGCAUUGCAGUGGGGAUAGCGCGUGGGCUGGCGUACCUCCACCACGCGGGGUCGAAGCCGGUGGUGCACGGCCACCUUGUGACUUCGAACAUUCUGCUGGGGGCGAAUUUUGAGCCGAGGAUUGCGGAUUUCGGGUUGAGGAAUUUCGGGAUGAGGGAAAGGGGUGUGGGUGGCGGGACCGAGACGGACGUGUAUUGUUUCGGGGUGGUGGUGAUGGAGUUGUUGACGGGGCGGCCCGGGACGGCUGAGACGGUGGUGUGGGUGAGGAGGAUGGUGAGGGAGGCGCGUGGGGUGGAUGCGCUGGAUGAGAGGUUGAGGGAGAGUGGGGAGUUGGAGAGGGAGAUGGUGGAGUGUCUCCGAGUUGGGUAUCUGUGUACGGCGGAGUCACCUGGGAAAAGGCCCAGCAUGCAACAAGUGCUUGGUUUGCUCAAAGACAUACACCCCAGUUCCACCGCCGCUCUCGGCUUGAUUUGAACUGAUUGCCGUAAUAUUUCUGCACGCGCCGAAAGCUCGCGUGGUAUUUGAAAUAUUGGGAAGUGAAAUAUCAAAAAUGAAAAUGCUAUUUUACCUCGAAACAAACUUAGUUUCGAAAAACACUCUGAUUUUUCAUCUGUUAAAUUCAUCUGUUAUAGAUAUUUAACCGUUGAAAAGUUAGAAUUUAACAUGUAACUCUCUUCAUUUUUUGUGUAAGAUCAAGGAUGAAUGACUAAAUGUGACCAUGUCUUGUAGUCUCGGUAUUUAGCUAACUGGGAAACAAUGUUGUAUGACAUUAGAUUAGCCUUGUAAAAUUUGGUUUUGUGAUUAGAGAAUCGAAGAGUGGAUUCUUCAAUGUUACAUGGUAGUGUAUC